CAUACAUUUACUUUCAGGCUUACAAGACAAUCACAUCAGACCAAGCUAAACACACAGAACAGAUAACAAAUUUGAAAGAAAAAACAAAAGCGGAGAUACGUCCAUUUCAAGGUGAAAAGGAGAAUGUUGCAGAAACUGAGAAAGCAAGUUCAGAAGCCCCAGAAGUACUUGUAGUGGAAGCUGAGGUGGUGGAUGCUGAAGAAAGUCCAAGUGCUACAGCUGUAGUCAUAAAAGAAACAUCUGCAUGUCCAGGUCACGUGGAGGCUGCUCCGGAGACCACAGCAGUCAGUGCUGAAACCGGGCCAGAGGUCACAGAUGCAGCUGCGGCAGGGGAAGCCGCAGAAGUCAACCCUGAAACAACCCCCGAGGUUACAAAUGCAGCCCUGGAUGAAGCUGUCACCAUCGAUGAUGAUAAAGAUACAACAGAGAACCGAAGCGCUGAUGAAUAUGCUGAACUAGAAGAAGAAAAUUCUCCAGCUGAGUCAGAGUCCUCUGCUGGAGAUGAUUCACAGGAGGAAGCCAGUGUUGGCUCCGAGGCUUCUUCAGCUCAAGGCUAAUCUGCUGGUAGACAUUUCAGCAACAAAUGCCAUAGAGUGUCUGAUAAGUGCUUUUGCGUUUUUAGUAUACUUAGUUUAAAAAAAAAAAAGACUUAUUAUUUUCUAGAAAACGUUAAUGUGUCUUGAAGAUUUUUGGCAUCCACUGAUAGAUUUUAGGUCUGAGAGACUUGAGAUUGUACAUUUCUUAUUACUCUUCUACUGUCUGAGAUCAGAAUAUGGCAUUGCAGUAAAGAACUUAAAUAGUUUCACCUUUGGUUUUUUUUUCUAGACAUUUUUCUUUUAUCACAGUCAUCUUCAAAUUUAUAUUUUUUAUUAGAUAAAUUGAGUUAUCCACACAAUCUGUAUUCACUUAUUGUGCUAUGCCUUCAGCUUACUUUAUCGUAUGGUAUGUAGAUCCAAAAUAUAGUUUGAGUCAAAUAAAAUUAGAAAAGCUUU